AGAGUGAGCUAAGCCUCACAAUGGGCUAGCAAUAAUUGGUUCAAAUUCUCCUUUGGCAAUAAUCAAACCUAAGAUCUCUCAUUUACAAGUGAAGAAGAAUACCACUAGACCGUAAUACUAAGUGGCAGUAGGUACACUAUUAUUCAUGAUAAAACAAAAAACAAAAAUAUUAUUCUUAUCAUAUAUUUGUAUCAUCUUUUUGAUAGAGAUGGGAGUCACGUGCGUUGGCAGACCCUACCUUUAUUAGAGAAAUGACACAAUCAAUGGUACAAGUAAAUGGUAAGUACAGCACUACUCAAAAAAAAAAAAAAAAAAAGUUUGAUAGACUUACAAAAGAGAUUCUGCCGUCAACAGCUGAGGCCCUUCUGUCGUUUAUGUACAAUGUGCUUUGUUCUUAUCAGAGACUUACCCAUUCGAUAUGCAUGUUGCCAAACUCUCUGGCAAGAACAACGCUACAACCUCCAAGGUACAUUUUUGCAGGCUAUGAGUAUGGCUGCUUCUUCUUCUGCUGCUGCUAACAACCAUCUUCAUGAAAAGUAUGACGUGUUUCUUAGUUUCCGAGGCGAAGACACCCGCAAUACCUUUACCAGCCAUCUUCAUGCUGCUUUAUGUAGGAAGAAAAUCAAAACCUACAUCGAUGACAAUCUUGAGAGAGGAGAUGAAAUUGCACCUGCGCUUAUGGAAGCAAUCACGAAAUCAAAUCUUUCGGUGAUCAUAUUCUCGGAAAACUAUGCUUUUUCCACAUGGUGUUUGGGUGAGCUUGUGCAUAUAUUGCGAUGCAAGAAGGAAUAUGGACAGUGUGUUAUUCCCAUUUUUUACAGCAUCGACCCAUCACAUGUACGAAAUCAGCAGGGGACAUAUGGGGCUGCAUUUUCUCAACUUGAAGAACGUUUCCAGGACAAUAUUGACAAGGUUCACAAGUGGAGGGAGGCUUUGACGAAAGCAGCCAAUCUAUCUGGGUUCGAUAAUUUAAACAAAACUUGGACGGAGGCUUAUUUAGUUGAUAAAGUUGUGGAAGAUAUUUUGACCAAAUUGAGCGAAACAUUGUCAGAUGAUUUAAAGGGUCUGGUUGGAAUUGAAAGCCGCAUUAAUGAUAUCAAGUGGUUAUUAUGCAAUCAUUCACUAGAUGUUUUAACUGUAGGUAUUUGGGGGAUGGGUGGUAUUGGUAAGACCACUCUUGCUGAUGCUGUAUUUAACCGACUCUCUCGUAAAUUUGAAGCUUCAUGUUUUCUUGCAAACAUGAGGAAGGAAUCAGAAAAGCAUGAACCAAAUCACUUGCGAAAUAAACUUCUUCGAAAGAUAUUAAAUGAUGACAAACUAAAUAUCGACACACCAUCUAUAGGAUCAGAACUUGUUAAACGAAGGCUUCUGAAUACAAAGGUCCUCAUUGUUCUUGAUGAUGUGAAUGAUUCAGGCCAAUUAGAACUUCUAGUUGGAGAUCAGGUUCAGUUUGGCCCUGGAAGUAGAAUCAUUAUUACAACUAGAGACAGGCGCAUACUUAAGGAAAAAGUUGAUAAAAUUUAUGAGGUCAAGGGAUUGACACGUGAAGAAGCUCUUCAGCUCUUUCAUCUGAAGGCUUUCAAAAAUAAUUCUCCUGGGACAGAUUAUGCUGAGUUGUUAGGGAUGGUGGUAGAUUAUGCAGAGGGAAUGCCAUUAGCUCUUAAAAUUUUGGGUUCAUCAUUCCUUCACUGCAAGAGCAAAGAAGACUGGGAAGCAGAAUUGAACAAAUUGAAAAAGUUUCCCAGCCAAAAAAUUCACAAUGUGUUGAGACUAAGUUAUGAUGGAUUAGAAGAAAAUGAGAAAGAGAUAUUUCUUGAUAUAGCUUGCUUUUAUAGAGGAUCAAAUAUAAAUUUUGUAAAAAGAAUGUCAGAUUCUCGUGGUCUCUUUGCUGCUGGAAUUGAAGUUCUGGUUGAUAUGUCUCUCAUAAAAAUUUCAAGUCGAAACUGCCUAGAGAUGCAUGAUUUGGUACAAGAAAUGGGUCGGUCAAUUGUUCGUGAACAAUGUAUUGAAGAGCCUGGAAAACGCAAUAGGUUGUGCAUUGCUGAGGAUGCGUACCAUGUACUGAAAAAUAAUACAGGAACUGCAAAAGUUCAAGGCAUAUCCUUUAACACGCUUGAAGCUAGAGAACUAGACAUGAGUCCUUCAGCCUUCGAAAAGAUGUACAAUUUAAGAGUAUUGCAGAUUUGUGAUACAAAAUAUAUCUAUGAUGAUAAGUACUGCAAAUUAUACCUUUCUCAAGGUCUUGAGUUUCUUCCCAGUACUCUUAGUUUGCUUCGCUGGGAUGGAUAUCCUUUGAAAUCUUUGCCAUCUAAGUUUUCUCCAGAAAAUCUUGUUGAGCUUCGAAUGCCGUACAGCAAGGUUGAGCAACUUUGGACUAAAGAGCAGAAUCUUGGGAACUUAAAAGUUAUUGAUCUUAGUUAUUCCACUCAUCUGACUGAACUUCCUGAUCUCUCGAAGAGUCAAAAUCUGGAGUCUAUGAAUCUCUAUGGCUGUACAAGUUUGGUUUUAAUUCCUUCAGUUUUUCGAUAUCUUGGCAAGCUUACUUAUCUUAACCUUGGAUCCUGCUGGAGUCUCAAUAUUUCGCCAGGCAAUAUUGAAUUCUUAAGUUUAGUUAGCAGUGCAAUGGAGGAAUUGCCUUUAUCAUUCGGGUCCAACGAAAGCUCUCCUUGCUUGAUCCUUUCCCUUUCAAAAAAGCUUAAGAAAUGUGCAAGCACCAACUGUCAGCUGAAAUUCUCCUGCGGUGGUUUUUGUCCAAUGAUCAGCUCAUCUCUUGGAAAUUUUUCGAAGAUUCCCAAUAAUAUAACUGUGUUAGAUAUGACUGGAACAACAAUAGAAGUUUUUCCCUCAUCAAUCGAAUGCUUUUUUGGUCUCACAAAACUUGAGCUAAAAGAUUGCCAGAGGCUGGUAAGUCUCCCAACGAGCAUUUGUAAGUUGAAAUCCCUUGAGCGACUUGAUCUGAGUGGAUGCUCUAAAUUUGAACACUUCCCAGAAAUCUUGGAGCCCAUGGGAUGUCUGACUUUUCUUGGUUUAGAAGGGACAGCGAUUAAGGGGCUGCCCUCGUCAAUUGGGUGUCUUAUUAGUCUCAUUAAAAUUGAACUGGAAAAUUGCAAAAGGCUUGCAAGUCUCCCAACGAGCAUUUGUAAAUUGAAAUCAAUUUACCGCCUUAGUCUCAAUGGUUGUUUUGAAUUUGAGUACUUCCCAGAAAUCUUGGAGCCUAUUGAACAUCUGAAGUAUCUUAGUUUAGAAAGAACAGCUGUUAAAAAACUACCAUUGUCGAUUGGAAGUUUAGUGGGGCUAGAAACAUUAUAUCUCGGUCACUGCAAGAACCUUGAGUUUGUUCCAAAUGGCAUCUACAAUUUGAACUGUCUGAAAUAUCUCAGCUUUGAUGGCUGUUUGAAACUGCAAAAAUUGCCUCCCUUCCCAGUCAGUUUGUGCUCUUUAGUAGAACUAAACCUCAGUUACUGCAGUAUAUUAGACAUCACUGGUUCCAUCUUUUGCUUAGCCUCAUUACGGUCUCUAUAUCUAUGCGGAACCAUGAUUGACAGCAUCCCUGCAAGCAUCAAACAAGCCCUUCAACUGCGUCACCUGUACCUAAUCAAUUGCAGUCGCAUUCAUUCAUUACCUGAGCUCCCAAUACUUAGUUGUCUUCAUGCACAUGGCUGCAUAUCACUGAAGACAAUCUCAAGUUCAAAGACUGCACUCUCCCAAGGUUGGGAUGAAUAUGAAUAUUUUCCAGGGAUUUGCGAGGAAUUUAAAUUUUCUAAUUGCCCAAAUUUAAGUCAGAAUUCAUGGAGCAACCUAAUGGAUGAUGCGCUGAUUAGAAUUAUGCGAAUGGCAACUGCGACAUCUAACUUUAUAGAAGAAGAAGAUUCUGAAUAUUCGGAAGAAGAAGAUUGUGUGGUACAGAAUUAUGGGGAGGAAGGAUGUUCUGUUAUCAUUGUAUGUCCUGGGAAUGAGAUUCCAAAUUGGUUCAGCUAUCAAAAUGAAGGAUGUUCAAUGAAUAUCAAGCUUCCUCCAAAUUGGUUUGGUACUGAUUUCUUGGGUUUUGCUCUAUCUCUAGUUGUUACAUUCGACAACUACAAUAUUGAAAAGUUGAGGUUUGGGUGUAAAUCCAUUUUCAAAACCAAUAAUGGUGAAAGCCACGAAUUCAACUGUAGGGUGUCUGGCUCAGAUUGGGAUAGAGGCAACUACAAUUUUCAUUCCGAUCACGUGUUUGUGUGGUAUCCGCUACUCUUUACAAUGUCACUGAGGCCUCUGUUCACUUCUACCAACAGGAUCAUUCGGGUAGACCCGUUAACUAUUCCAAUCUGAUGGUGAAAAAGUGUGGGAUCUGCCUGUUGUAUACCCGAGUUGCUGAGAAAAUAAUAGUUGGAGAAGAUACUAUAAGCAAGAGGCGUCGUGAUGAACCUGAAGCUUGGGGAAGUGAGAUUUUUAGCUCUUUUGAGGACCAAAAAGAUGAACUACUUCCUCAAAUAACUAGAAAGAGAAAAAAUGGAGGUGCAGAUUGUUAGAUACACUGCAUAUUCAGGUUGCACGAUUGCAUGGAUGAUAUGGAAUUCGCCAGUCACCUUUGUUGGAUUGAUUACCAUAGAUCAAUUACAUUCAGUUAAGUUUAUAAUACCUGCAGGAUUUAUUUAUUAAUUAAAUAAAUCAUUCAUUUAAUCCA